AUAGUUUUGCAUUCUUCGCAUUUGUGUGAUUCAGCUUGAGAAUGGUGGACGGGUGGCUAAGCGUGUUUAUAUGCCUCUGCGCAUACGGAGAUACCGCGCGAAUUCUCAUCGUUGUGCCAACUCCAUCUAUCAGCCAUCAGGUGGUGUUCCGCCCAAUAGCACAAGAGUUAGCGAAGCAUCAUCGUGUUGUUAUAUUGACUACUGAUCCAGCAUUCCCGGACCAGGCACCGCCGAAUCUCACAGAAGUCGAUCUUCAUGACAUAUCCUACGCUCCAUGGAUCGACCGUUUCAUCAAAACUGCUAGCGGGAAGCGAAAUGAUUUAUACACGCAAAUCGAUACAGCGUUUGAUCUUAUAUCGGAAAUAUUCCCGAAGCAAAUUAAAAGUGAGGCUACAAAGAAGGUGUUUGAAAAAGAAAAGUUCGAUUUAGUGAUCGCAGAAGCGUGGCCGAGACCGGUGCUGGCACUGUCUCACGUCUUCAAGGCGCCUAUCAUAUUGAUGAGUUCUCUAGGGGGACUGGAUGAGAAUUACCAGAUGAUGGGUGCUCCUGUCAACCCAAUCCUGUACCCAGAUUUCUUACGAACCCGUAUCUUUAACCUUACUUUAUGGGAGAAGGUUACGGAGUUAUACAAUCGCUACCUGAUGUAUCGGUUAAUGAUGUUGUAUCAAGAGAAACAAGAUGCGAUGCUUCGUGAUUUAUUUGGCGAGGAUAUGCCUCCAUUGGAAGAGUUGAAGAAUAACGUGGAGUUGUUGAUGGUGAAUAUAGAUCCUGUGUUCGAGGGCUAUCGUCCUGUGCCGCCGAAUGUCAUACAUUUGGGGAGCCUUAAUUGUGCACCGUCCAAGGAUUUGCCUCAGGACUUACAAUCCUGGAUGGACUCAUCAAAGCACGGGGUCAUCUACAUGAGUUUCGGCACGAACACGGAUCCGUCCCUGCUGCCGCCGGAGCGGAUGGCGGUGUUCGUGCGGGUGUUCCGGGCGCUGCCGUACGACGUGCUGUGGAAGUGGAAGGAGCCGCCAGUCGGGCUGCCGGACAAUGUGCGGACGGCGGAGUGGCUGCCGCAGUCGGAUCUGCUGCGCCACAAGAAGCUAGUGCUCUUCAUCACGCAAGCAGGCCUUCAGUCCACAGACGAGGCCAUCCGCGCUGGUGUACCUCUCCUAGCGUUCCCCAUGCUCGCAGACCAGUGGUUUAACGCUGAGCAAUAUGAGAGACUUGGUGUGGGACGAAGGCUAGAGCUAGCUUCACUUACUGAUGUUCAGCUGAAGGAUAAUAUUGAGGAGAUUAUCAAAGAUCAAGGUUACCGCACCCGCUCCAAGCUCCUAAGCGAGGAAAUGCUGGACCGUCCAGAAUCAUCCCUGGAGCGCGCGAUCUGGUGGAUCGAGCGCACACUGCGGCGCCGCACGCGCAGGCGCGCUCCCGCCGUGCGCGUCACCUGGCUCACCUUCAUCGAUGGAGACAUUAUAGUCGCUGCGCUUGCGAUGUUCGUUUGUCUAGUAGUAGCCCUUAUAGGGUUGUAUAAAGUGUUUACUAGGAGUGUGAAAGUCAAAACUGCCUAAUUGUAAUAGUUGUCUAUGUUUUGUGCCUGGGCAUCAAAUAGACUGUUUUACAAGUUAGUAGAGAUGUGACAUUUUAAGUAAUAGAGGAUAUGGGACGUUCAAUUCUCCAUGCCACUUCAACGUCACGUCGUCUUCAACGUCUUGGUCUCUUAAUGCACCGCGUACAAUCUUCUCCGCUUUGCUCAAAGGUUGACUGUGGACUUUUGUACAUUAAGUUGUUCUUUUGUGCAAUAAAGUUUAAAUAAAUAAACGUAGCUUCACUUUCAACAAUGGAUAUGGACUUUAAGGGAAAUAUUUUUUCACCACACCAACUCGUAAUGAUUUCCUUUGCUAUUCGAAAACAGAUAGCAAAAUUUCAUUUUAUCCACAACAGUGCAAAGUAAUUUCAUACAAAUUUUAACUUGAUCU